GAGGAAGAAGACGCUUUUACUUUGAAAUCUGUCUAGGAUUUGUUUCCGGAAGUCGAUUCUAUCGCUCCGAGACUUCGAUGAGGGCUUCCAUGGAUCAGUCUGAAUGAAUUUUCUGCUUCUUCGUGGCGUGUAAAUCACCAGUCAUCGAAGCGUGGACAUGCAGAUCCUGACUCCGCAGGUUUUCUGGGCACAGCGGCACGGAGAGAUUUUUCUCCGGGUGGAACUGAGCGAUGCUUCGGAUGUUGAUAUCAGUUUGCAGGGACACAACACACUCCAGUUCAGAGCUCAGGGUCAUGGCGCUAAAGGAGAUAACCAGUACGAGUUCAGACUGGAGUUCCUGGAACCUGUAAAGCCCGAGAUCCACCAAAAGUUGACGCAGCGCCAGGUGGACAUUAAGAUCCGUAAGCGGGACGAGCGAUGGUGGGAGCGGCUGACGCUGCGGGAGAAGAAGCCGCUGUUUCUGGCUCCGGACUUCGACCGCUGGUUGGAUGAGUCGGAUGCCGAGAUGGAGCUCCAGGCCAAGGAGGAGAAAAUCAACAAGAUCAGCGUGGAGUCGAGAGUUCGUAAAGAUCCCUACAUCGGCCUGAAGAAGGGAUACUUGUUCAUGUACAACCUGGUGCAGUUCCUGGGAUUCUCCUGGAUCUUCGUCAACAUGACCGUUCGACUCUUCAUCCUCGGUCAAGACUCGUUCUACGACACCUUCCACACCACGGCGGACAUGAUGUAUUUCUGCCAGAUGAUGGCCGUGCUGGAGGUCGUCAACCCCUUGCUGGGUCUGGUUAAAACCGGAUUCUUCCCUGCGAUGAUCCAGGUGGCGGGGAGGAACGUCAUUCUGUUCGUCAUCUUCGGCUGCCUGGACGAGAUGCAGAACAAGGCCGUGGUGUUCUUCGUCUUCUACCUGUGGAGUUCCAUCGAGAUCUUCAGAUAUCCCUUCUACAUGCUGGCCUGCAUCGGCACGGACUGGAAGCUGCUGACGUGGCUCAGGUACAGCCUGUGGAUCCCUCUGUACCCGCUGGGGGUCGUAGCUGAAGCGGUGGCUGUGAUCCAGUCCCUGCCCAUCUUUGACGAGACGCGUCUGUUCAGCGUCCCGCUGCCCUCCGCGCUCGGACACUCCUUAAGUUUCUCCUACACGCUGCAGCUCUACCUGGUCCUCAUGUUUCUGGGACUCUUCGUUAACUUCAGACAUCUGUACAAGCAGAGACAGAGACGCUUCCGAUCCAGGAAAAGGAAAGUCCACUAACGGAUCCACUGAUCCAAACCCUGAUCCAAACCCCAUCAGGGUUUGGUUUCGCUCUCAAUGCCUUUUCUUCCCAUUUCCCACUUCAGACUUUAUCCUGUGAAGUCCGGCUCUCACUAAUAACUUAUUAGUUAUUAUUUAUUUAAAGGAGCAAAUGCUGAGUUUAAAACCAACUGAUGGACAUAAAAUACGUUUUUAUUUUAAAUAUGAUUGUUUUAGGUUUUGACAAAAAAAAACUUUUUUAUUCUUAUUUCAUAACACAAAAAUAUUAAAAACAAUUGUUCCACAAUAAACUAGACAUGCAGUAUUUUGAUAAAACGCACUCGGUUGUCAUUUUUGUGGUUUAGUUUCUAGGGCAUAUAUUUAAUAUAAUUAAAAAAAAACUAAAUUACAAGUAAGUUUUCAGCAAGAUAUAGCAGCUUGUGUUAAAUCAACAAUUUCUUAAUACCGAUGGAAAAGGUUCUAGUUUACCGGUGGAUUAUUUCACUGUGGAAGAAACACUUUUUCAUCAAUAUUAAGGAAUUAAUUGUUAAAAAUCUCCUAUAUUUGCUGUAAAGUUACUUGUAAGUUAGUUUUGUCUUUAUUCCACUUGAACUAAAAUAUUUCCACUAAAAAAAUAAUACUUUAUAAAAUGUUAUUUUUGCAGUGUAAACAAAAAGAACAAAAAGAAUGUUGAAAGCUUGCCGUGUUCAAAGAAACAAGUUUUUUCUCGUCUGUUUGGAUCAACGGCGGGAUUUGGAUCCGUCUCCCUCUUUGCCAAAUUUAAGAUUAACUGUAGAUUUGAGCGAACCGAGAUCUGCUUUUGGUAAGUUUCUGGAUAAAGUAAAAUACAAAAUUCAUCCUAAUCUGUGAUAUUAAAAUUAAUUUUGUAUUUUACAUUAAAGUAUCAAUACUUGUAUUUUAAGAUUAGAAUAUUUCAGUAAUAAUUUUUGUUAUCUGAUUGAAAAAAGAAAUUGCGCUUUGGACACCCCUGAUCUUACAAACUUUUGAUUUGCACAGCUUUAAAACAUAUUUAUUUUAAUACACAAUUUGCACCACUGCGAAAUAAAUGUAAAAUUUUAUUAUAAAUAAAAUAUGAUUGAAGACAGACAAAAAAAAUUACAUUUUUAAAAAAGCAAAUAAUUUAUGUGCAGUAAUGAUGUUAUUAAUGAUUUUAACAAGUAAAAUUGGUUUCAGCUCAGUUUUUGUAAGAAAACGGUUCAUUUACUGGUUUUGUUUUUUAGAACGUUUGUGCAGAAUCUGAUACAGUGUGGUUUAAUUAAGGGCUUGGACUUUAGCACAUUAAUUUAAUUAAUUAAGUGUGGAAAAAAAAACACAUUCAAUAUGUGUGGUUGAAAAAAGUAAAGCCAGAACAUCCCAAAUGCUUUAAUCCAAAUUUUGUGAUAAGAAAAUACUUGCAUAUCAGUUUGUACUUUAACAAAUGUUGAUAUUUGAUGAAAAUGUGAUUUACUGAUUAUUUCAUUCUGCAUGUAUCUUUUCUUUUGGUUAUAAAUGAUGGUUUCUGCAUGGGAAAAGACCAAUGCAUGGUUUUAUGAGCCAUUCUUCUGCCGCUCCAUCAGUUCAGUAACAAUCAUGCGAUUGUUGGUUGAUCUGUGGUGCGUUCAAAGACCCUGUGUUUUUGACAAGUAAGAACAUGUUGUAAUAUUUAAAAUAAAAAAGUUGGGACAAAAACAAUGUGGAGAUUUUUUUGAUGUAACGUUAAUGAACCUCAACUUUUAGCUGCGUCAAUUUCUUCAUCCUAAUCUGUGAUAUUUAUCAGAUUAAUCUCAAUUCACUAAAUUAACAUGAGAUUUUCAGCUAAAACAGAACCAGAGCAUGAAGGAUAAUGUUGAUCAUUCUUAUUAAUUAAUCAAUCUUGAUUCUCAAAUUACUAAAAUCUUUAACGGCUCAACGAAGAGCUGAGUUUAGCAUUUUGUAGUUUCAGGGAAUGAGUUUUAAAAAAACUGAUGUUAGCUGAUUGAACUUUCCCUUUUCAAGUCUGAAAUUUGAAUAAAACUGCAACAACUGGGUAAUAUUGGAGCAACUGGUCAUUUGGUCCACAGUAUUAUAUUUUCAUUAGAAUAUCAAUUAAAUACAAAGCAAAUUCCCAGUUUGCUUUAAAAACUAUUAAGUAAAGUAAAAGUUUUAUUAGCAGCAGGUUGAUUUCCUCUGAUCCUAAAGUUAGAUCUAAACUAACAACAUAAAUAUUUCUUUAGCUGAUAGACAACUAGCUAAUGGCUAGUUUUCAUCAUCAUGUUUUCCCUCUUGGCCAUGCCGCCCUGAACAAAGAGCCAUAAACCCAUACCGAUAAACUUUCUAUGCUUAUAAACGCAGCUGCUUUUCUGUGCAUCUUUGUCCAUCAAAACGGCGCAAAAACACCGGUAGCGCAGUUUAGCUCGCCUGGAAUUGGCCAAAGGAACGACGACAGAAACUCCGACCAGUUUAAUACUGAUUAUUGUCUCUAGCUGCUCAGAGCGCCUCCGUCUGCCACAGUGCCUCGUUUUAUGAUCUCAUUUCAGGGAGUUUCUUCGUCAUCAACGGUCGCCAUGUUUGUUAUUCUCCGGUUAAAUGCUCGCUAACUCAGAGCUGCCCUCUAGUGGCCGCUUGGUUCCACAACAACAAGAGCAAGAAGGCAUUUUAAAACACUAAAUAAGGUCAAGGGAAGGAUAAAUAACUUUAAACAAGAAUAACAAUGAAGUCAUUAAAUUACACGAAUAAAGUUGAAAUAACACAAUAAAAUCAUAGAAUUAUGAGAUCAUUACAUGUUUAUUCUCAUAAUAUUAUGACUUUAUUCAUUAUUUUGACUUUAUGCUCAUAAUAAGACUUUAUUCUUGGAAUGUUACUUUAUUCUCAUUUUGACUAUCGCAAUUGUAAAAUGCCUUAAUACUCAAAACAUUUUCUAUUUUUUCCUCUCCUGUAAAAUGGUGAUUAUUAAUUUUUGCUUUCCACACUCUUAAGCGAUAUGUCAAAUUCAGUGUUUCUGAAUUCAGACUCAGUUUUUACUUUAAAAAGCAAAAACAGCAGAACAAGAAGAGAACGUCUGAGUUUAUCCCAUAGGGAUAAAACCUGCUUCUCAACACAUUUUACUGAUUUUUAACAUAUCAGUUUGUUCAUCUGAAAUAAAAACUACUGAAAACAAAGCAGCAUGAGAUGAGAACUUAUAUUUUACUUUUAUUGUUUCUAUCAGACGACUUCAAGUGUUUUUAAAGUUUAUUUUGCAACAUGAAAAUGUUUGAACUGUGAGCCUUUUCUGGAGUGUUUUAUGAUUUAUUUUGCAUCUCAUCUUUUCAUCUAAAGCUGUCACUUUGAUUUUGUUUUUUUAUGUAAUGUUCUCUGUAAUAUAGCUUCAUGUACAAUAAA